AUGAGCCAGAUAUUGACCCCCAGGCAGGCUGAGGAGCUACACCGAGCUCUCAUAGCAUAUCUCUCUUCCAACAACCUCACAAGCACUGCCGCAGCGUUACGGGCAGAAUUGGGGCUCGGCGAGGAUGUUUUUGACGCGGGAACGGCAAAGAAAUAUGAAGGCCUGUUGGAAAAAAAGUGGACGAGUGUAGUUCGACUUCAGAAGAAGAUUAUGGACCUCGAAUCGCGCAACUUCGCCCUACAAUCCGAACUCGAUAACGCGACGCCGACAUCACGGCAAAACAAGGAUCCAAUCAACUGGCUACCAAAGUCACCUGCAAGGCACACCCUCCAAUCGCAUCGCAACCCCAUCACAUGCGUCGCAUUUCACCCCGUUUUCUCGUCACUCGCCUCUGGAUCCGAAGACCAAACAAUUAAAAUCUGGGACUGGGAACUCGGGGAGCUUGAACGGACCAUUAAAGGCCACACCAAACCAGUACUCAGCGUUGACUUCGGAGGGCCGCGGGGGAACACCCUGCUCGCGUCGUGCAGUUCAGAUCUUACGAUCAAACUGUGGGACCCGGCAGACGAGUACAAAAACAUCCGAACGCUACCAGGUCACGACCACAGCGUCAGCGCUGUACGAUUCAUCCCCUCGGGUGUCGCGGGCGGCACCGGGAAUUUGUUGGUCAGCGCUAGCCGGGACAAGACACUGAGGAUAUGGGACGUGAGCACAGGGUACUGCAUCAAGACGCUAAGGGGGCAUGCGGAAUGGGUCCGUGACGUGUGCCCAUCGAUCGAUGGGAAGUUUAUCCUCUCCACGAGCGAUGAUUAUAGCGGCCGGUUAUGGGAUAUAUCAGCCGCAAAUCCCGACCCAAAAACAACACUGAUCGGUCACGAGCACGUAGUACUCUGUUGCACCAUCGCGCCCGCCACCGCAUAUCCCCAUCUAGCGGCUAUCGCCGGUGCUAAGAAGCCGCCGCCGACGAGCCCCGUCGAAUUCAUGGCCACGGGUUCGCGAGACAAGACCAUCCGUCUUUGGGAUGCCCGAGGCACGUGCAUCAAAGUGCUGGUUGGGCACGACAAUUGGGUCCGCGGCCUUGUAUUCCACCCCGGUGGGAAGUAUCUGCUCUCCGUUGCGGACGAUUACACGCUACGGUGUUGGGACCUAGCGCAAGAAGGGAGAUGUGUCAAGACGAUAUCCGACGCCCACGGGCACUUUGUGCAGUGUAUCCGAUGGGCCCCUUCGGUGGCCAAGGAAGUUCCACCGACGAAUGGCGAGGGAGGGGCAUCGAAUGGGGCGGCUAGCAAGGCAGCAGCAGCGGCUGUUACAGAUGCGCAAAUCCGGUGUGUUCUUGCAACGGGGAGUGUCGACCUCAAUGUGAGGAUAUUCGCCAACUGA